AUGAAAGCAUCAUCACUAUGCAAAGAUAAUCGAUUACGACCGAAUGAUCAAAUUCUUGUUAUUAAUGAUUCUUCAUUGAUAAAUAUAUCAAAUUUAGAAGCUGCUACUAUUUUACACGAAGCUGUACGACGUGAAAUUCAUCCUGGACAUAUUAAAGUAACUAUAUCACGUUUACCAAUGACAAACGAUGAUCAACAUAUGACUUCUACAAGACAUGUUAAAGAAAUUGAUUUAUCACCAUUACCAUCAUUAAUGCCAGUAAAUAAUGAUGAAAAUGAAUUAGAUCUUACAACAUUUGUUCCACCACCACUCGUACGAAAACCUCCAACACAAUUAUCAAAUCGUCAUUCAUCUCGAUUAGAAUCAACACGAUUAGUAGAUUCUGAUAUUCAUUCCUCAAGUCCUCGAUCAACAUCAGUAACAGCUCGUUCAACAAUAAAUCAAUCACCAUCUAGAACUAAAAAAACAUUUAUUCAACCACAAAAUGAACAACAAACUUCUGAUGAUGUCAACAAUGGCGGGUAAGAUUCUCAACUAAGAUGUUUCGUUCGAGUUCACUUUCUUUUUUUGUCCUAUAAAUAAAACUUUAUGAGAGUACAAGUAGACUGAAAGAACUCGUUCCACAAGGCGUUCCUGCUCCGUGAAACAGCUAAAUUUUACAAAAAUAAACUAAAGAUUUUUUGAGGUCUAAGAAUCUGAGUUUAUAGAAGGUUUGCCGGUAUUUUCGAGUUCGAGAAAGACUUAGCUCUCACAGAUUCCAGUUGCUUCGACCGGAAAAAUCGAAAUAAAUCUAAAAUUAUCGUUAUUCUUUACAUGCAUGUUUAGAUCAGUGCAACAUUCUCUAAUACUUAUAGAAAAAAACCAAACCGAAGAUUCUUCACAUGAAAUUUUUUUUGUUCAUAAAGAGUUCUGAUGGCAAGUAGAGUCUUAUUCUUUGAUCCUUAUAGAUUCCUAUUUAUAGAAAAAAAAAACUAUAUAAAGCUGAAUAGAGAGUAUCAAUUCGCAAAAAUUUAAAAUCAGAAAGAAAGACUAAUUUAAAUAAUGUAUAAAUAAAUCAUUUAGUACGGGGAGCCCUAGCUGAAUGGGGUACGUUUCUGACUCGGAACUAGAGUGUACGAGGUUCGAUUCCUCCUCCCCGAACAAGCACACGGUCUUGAAAACACAUUGUACAAGCUUAUUGGCUUUGAUCUUAUCGUCCAAAAAACAAUCUGUUUAGACACAUCGUAUGUUAUCUCGGUGGAAUGUAUGUGCACGUUGGAAGGUCGUGUUUCAAUGUUUCGUUGAAUGGCCACAUAAAACAUGCAUUAUAUUCUUUGCUUUGCUCCGCUAUGCUUCUGCUUGCUUUUCUCUCUCUUUGUGUAACCUGUUAAUUGUAAGCUACACUGUCCCUUUAGGACCGACAUGGUCAGAGGGUUUAAUUUCGCAUAAUAA